AUCAGAACCAGAACUUCUGGUUCAGUGAACAUCAUCUGGAUCAUGGAGAUUAUUUGCUGAGAUCUUGUUUCCAGGCAGGUUUUUCUCUGAUCCUUCAGAGGAUCUGGGUUUCCUCCUCAGCACCAUUCAACUCAACUUUCACCUGUUUUCAUGUCUUAUUGCAGAUUCUGAUACCAACAUGUCCUGUGUUCUGAACCAGGACUGCAUUUUACCAGGGUUGUUCAAGAACAUGAAUGUGGCCAUGAUAUGGAAAUGUGAAUCAUCUCUGAUUGUACGGUUUGACCAUCGUGGCUCCAGCUGCUCUGAGAGCUUCAGAUCCAGAGCGUCUCUGUCUGAGGAUCAGAUCCAGAGGAAACGGCGAUCUGCUGCUGAGAGGAUGAAGGUUGAUGAUGAGGGCAGUUACAGGUGUGAUGCAUUUACACCUGGUGUCUCUUAUAGACGUGUUGUUCACCUUGCAGUAGAAGCUCCAGUCUCUGACAUCAGGAUCCAUCAGGAUGGAAACAGGAUCACCUGCAGCUCAGAGGGGAUCUACCCUCAACCUGAACCCACCUGGUCCACUGAGCCUCCAUCCAACACGGCUCUGCAGAACAGAACCAGAGUCCAUCAGACUGAGGAGAAGCUUGAUGACAUCAGCAGCUCUCUGACGGGUCCAGAUGGUCCAGAUCUGAUCACUGAAAUUUACCCAGUGGCCAUUUGUGUCACUGAUUUGCUCCAACAAAGAACCUGGGAAUCUGUAAAACAUGAUCAUAACCAGCUGAAUGCGACGGACCACGACUAAAAUAAAUGUUAUCACCCAUUGAAGUUUCCAGAAUUUAGCCUCCUCACUUGAUGAAGGAGCUUCUGCAGAAAAAAACAAUUUGCCUUUUGCUCCUUACAAUAAAGAAAAGUAGCCUUACGGUUAACAAUAGUUUUAAACCCUAGUAUGAAGUGAAAGUAAUGACAACAUGACAGAAACACAGUAGUUGUGCAAAACCUGAUAUGAGGACCGAUGAGCAGGAAUGAGGUAACAUAGCCAGUAGCAGCUGUGUGGUUUAGUGCGACGGCCCUUUAAACCAACACCAACAUAACAUCCCAGACCAGAGGGUUAUAAUAUAGAGGACACAGAUAUGGAAGUGCAGAAGCUCCUACUGUAUCAAACUGAUGCAGGAAGAACAGAAAGUUGGUCAUUCUGAGGUAAAAACCCAACAGUGUUCAUCGAUGUUUCUUUUAGUUCAUUCAUUCAUUCUGCUUCCUGCCUCCCCUGCAAUGGCAUGGCGUCCCCCCUAGGGGCCGCGCCCCACAGUUUGGGCCCCUCUGCACUAAGCCAUAUUAAACUGAUGGUUUCAGGUUGGAGAGGCAGCAGAAGUUCUGCUCACUACUUUUCUUUCUAGCACUCGGUGAAGGCGGACGCUUCUUCCUCUGCUCCUCUCCCUUCACAUCCAUCUGCUUCAUCUUGUUCUGUUGUUUUUUUGGAGCCUUUUUUUGCACAUCCUCCAGAUCUACAAACUAUACAUCUGGUUAACUGGU